GUGAUGACGUAAAAGAGCUUUAAAUACCCAGCGGAAGAAGGACAAACCGAAACUAAAAAGUAGUACGAUCCCCAACGAACAGCAAAGACUGACCUUCCUCUAGAGGGGCUAAAAUGACAUACGCAAGUGACCGGCUUUAUAAUGAGGUGAUCAGGAAGAAACUGGCUCUGUAUGCAUCACGAAUCAAAGUGAAAGAGAUCUUGCCUCACUUGCCAUGCCUCACACUCACUGAUAAGGAGGAUGUCGAAACCAAAAAAGAUAAUGCCGGAAACUACCAAGCAGUGCAGAUGCUUAUGGACAACCUGCGCAGGCGAGAGAACUGGCCUGAUGAGUUCAUUGAAGCGCUCCGGAUGUGUGAACACAACACACUGGCUAAUGAGCUCAGUGUUGAGUAUGACAGAAUCAGGGGAAGGACAAAUGCAGCUGCUACUGUUGCACCCCAAUCACCACCUGUUCAAGCUCCUGCUUCUGAUUCCACCGCCGCUGCUACAGCAAAAGUAACUACAGUGACAGUUCAUAAAGUCCCGGUGAACACUCCUCCUGGUCUGACUCCACCUUUAGUGGAUGCUCCAGCACAGACAGUUGCACCUUCCAACACUGCACCCCAAGUACCAUCUCUUCAAGUUCAAGAGACACAACCUGAGCAAGUUAAUAUCUCUGCUCCAGCCGCCUCUCCUGAACCAUCUGAAAUUGCACCUCCAGCUAUGGUUUCUUCCCAAGCACAUCCUCCUACUGAUAUCUCACCAUCCGAAGUGACUUCAAAUGGUCAGGAAAAUGAAUCUCAAACUCAUAGUGGGGCAACUGGGAACCAGAUACCUAUUAUAAACACCCCAGAUGUCCAAACCACCAUAUCCUUAACUGAAGACAGCGCCCAAGCAUCGCCCUUCAGCACAUUUCAAAGCCAAAUUACAAACCCCGACUACACCCAGAGUUCCCAGACACUGGAGAUUAGCAAGGUGCCAUUAGCAGUCGAAGAGACUUCUGACAGUCUCCCUGUCCAAGAAACCACUCCUCCUUUGAACAAGGAACCAAAAGAAUGCUCCAACCGAACUGCAAAUGAGGUAAUGCUCAAGCCAGAAUAUUUCAAGAUUGCUCAGAGAACCAACACUGCUGAAUUGCCAAGCACAUCCCAAAUAACUUCCAACAGAACAGUGCCGGCAACCUCUUCUUCCCAUGCCGGUUCCAUCAAUGAAGAAUAUUUCAGUAAGCCUGGCAUCCUUCAAGUUCCACCACCUUCUGUCUUGUUAGAGGAGCCUUGCUCAACAGUUUCAAGUGAUUUGGAGAUCAGUAAGACAUCAGAGAGUUCAGCAGUGCCUGGACAGUCUACUAGUCGUGCUGGGCGAUCCGGCAAUGUGUCUUUUUCUACAAUCAUUGAAAGCCCCGAUCUUCGUGUGGAGUCUGCCUCUCAGUCCAUACAGGAAAAUAUCCCACCACAACAUGAUGCUCCCCCAUCUCCUAACCAGCCUGAGGAGGACCACUAUGAAUCUUUGUGUCAAAGUCAAACAGGAGUACUGUCCAACGUAAUUCACUUCGCUGAGGAACCACCUGCAGAAAAUUUGAACGGCCAACCACUAAGCAUGCUGCGUAAUACACCCAAUCCAUAUGGGUUAUCGGCAAAUUCCCAACAUAGCACGGUCACCCGUGAGGACCAGCCAGCCCUGAAUUUCGGAAACAAUGAAAAUGUAUAUCCUCGGAAGCCAUCUGGACAAAAUGCCGUCAGACCAUCAGAACGUGAAAAGUCACCCACUUUAAACCACCAAGGGCAAGAAUCAAAUGCCAGUACGUCAGUUAAUAAGAGAGAAGAGGGCCAGACAACAGGCCAGAUAAACAAAGUCUACCUUACCGUUGGUGCUGCUGUUUUAGGCAUUGGUCUUUUCUGUGCCUGGAAAAUCAAGCAUUAAGUCUUUUAAUUCAUUUUAAAGCUAUAUUCCAAGUCUUCUAAACCCAUACGUAACCCACAUUUGUAUAUCUUGUCAUUGGCUUUACAGUUUGUUAUGAGAGGUCGCAAGAAUACAUUCUGUGUGUGGCAUGCCAUAUGAACCUAACCCUUCUUGUACAUUUCUGGAAAAUGCAUUUUGAAGACUCGCUUAAGAAUUACACAGACUGUACAACUGCUCAUAUUGCCUUCUUUAACACCUCUGUAAAGAAGACUCUAUGUUUGCUCUGCAACACAUUUUGAAUAUUUUUGUGCACUCUUUGCUGACCUGUAUCCACACUUUCUCUUACAAUUCAGCCCGUUUGAGACUGUCCAACAUUACACAGGUGGCUAUCCACUGCCAACAAAAAUCAAAUGUUUUUUGUUAAUGCCUUUAAAUAUGGUAGCUGUAAAGAUGGACUGCAAACACAACCAAGUGUCAUGUUAGUGGAGGAUACGUUUUUGCAUUCUGUCACAAUUCACUUGUGAUUUCACAAAUAAAGAAAGUGUUGCUGUGUCCUAAAAUCGCACUUUAGAUUUGAUUUGUUGUAAUAUUCUUUCUACAUAUGAAGAGUUUGGUUCCAUUUAAUCACUCAAAAUCAGAUAAUUUAAAAAAAAAUCUUGUUUUUUGAUUGUGCAUUCCAAUUAAUAUCACACUGCAGUUGGUUUGUUUUGAUUUAAGUCUUCAUAACAAAAAUUACAGCUAAGUAGCACAAUAAAACAUGAUAACAUAAUAAUAAAUAAACAAACAGAUUUAUCUGGUUUUGGAACCAAACUCUUCAUAUAUAAUAUUGAUAUUUUAAUCAUAAUGAAAAGAGUAAAACAUAAGUCAUGUGAUUGUGUAUGAACAUAGUUUGAAUGAAUUAUGUGUACAUUUUAAAUUGAAUAUAUAUACGAUUUUUGUGGGGUAGUCUUUUAUCCUAAGUAGCACUUUUACACUUUCUCUAUGCUUUUACAGCAUUUGGUGUGGUAUGAAAUGUAUGCUUGAAUAUUCGUCUUAAAUGACCUGCAUACUGAUCUUUUAAACAUUUUUUGGUGACUGUUAACCGUUUAUUGUUUAACGUGGGAAAGUAUGACCUCUAAACUGAAUAAAAUGUUGCUAAAGUACGUGUACCGGUCAUGUAUAUUUUUGUCUUUCCAGAAAAUUAUUUUAAAAUAAAGUGACCUUCAUGUACGGUA